ACUUCUUGGUGGACCGUGUACUGGCGCCUUGCUUCCUUGUGGAAUUCUUCAGAAAACUUUUUUUUGACACAGCUAAGAAAGUGACAUUUUCAACAAAAAUGAUUCAUACACUCGGUUGAAAAAUGAUGUUGUACUGGAGGAAAUUGGCGAAGAAAGUGACCAGGAAGAAGCGACAGAUACCGGCGAGAAAAGUGAUACAGAUCAAGAUUACGACGAGAGUGACAACGAAAGCGACGUUGGCAAUGAUUAUGAGGACGAUGAAGACAGUGAUAAGGACAAUUAUGACAACAAUGAUGUCGGCGACAAUGAGGGUCUACAAAUCAGUGACAUCUUGUGUACUACCAAAUCUGGUAGAACAUGCAGGACAUGGAAAGCAAGAUAUCUCUAUUACUGA